UCUGAUUGGUCCAGACAGUUUUACCAUUUCCGCCGCCUUUGGGGUGGCGAUACGUUUCACUCCCUUCUGUGUGGCGUGAAGUAGACACUCACUAUCUGAACUCUGACAUCCUCAGGCCGACGACUAGUGCUGCAGUUGGUAUCUAGACACGGUUCUGCCUUGAGACCCAGAGGGUGUGAGAGAGGUCCACAAUGUCUGAACUUUUUAUGGAGUGUGUCGAGGAGGAGCUGGAGCCGUGGCAGAAACAAGUUCCUGAAGUUCACUUGAUAGAUGAUGAUGAUGAUGAACCCAUCUUCGUUGGCGUGCUCUCUAAUAACCAGAAGGAUGGUAAGCCGAACCCUCCAGCUCCUCAGAGGAACAGUGCAGGGAAACAGCACAUAAAGCCUUCUGCUCCUCAGCCUGCCAUUAGCUCCUCAACAAUAAUGCUACCAUUGAGUGUGGCUGGAAAUGCAGUGCAUACUGCAACACCCAAUCUGACAACAGUGACCCCGCAGCCGGUUAUCGUCAAUAACCAGGGCUUUAUUGUCACUUCUCCACAAUUGGCAAACAACAGUGAGUUUAUUGCCUCUCUUGGGAGCCAGUACCCUCCUGGGACGUCAUUUACAAUCGUACCAGCUGGUCAGCAGCAUCUUUUUCAGCAGUUCUCUUCAGCCACAGUGAUGCCCGGUGCUGUCCACAGGCCUCAGGUGCAACAAAUCAGCAACAACGUUGUGACGUUGUCUAACGUGCAGAGUCCUGCUGUGUAUUCAGCACAAUCUCACCAGCUGCAACUCAACUGGUCCAACUCACAAUCACUUAAGACCUUUUCUGUGCCUGUAAAGGCCAAUAACAAUAACAGAGAUCCAAUCUUAGCCAAACGAGGAAUAACGCCACUGCAAAUAGACGGCGUAGCAAAAAGAGUCAAGCUUGAUUUGGGACCAGUGGAAAACGGGAUCUUAAAGAAAACGAAAACGUGCCCAAAGUGUCAAGAAGAAUUUCUUACACAGGAAGCCCUGAAGGGUCAUAUGGGGAGCUGCAGUGCAGUCGUGGAGGGUUCGACUCCCUCAGCCCUGAACAUUGGUGCAAACAAGCGCAUCAUGCUGGUCUCAGAUUUCUACUACGGCCGCUUUGACGGAGAUGGGAUCAAGAAGGAUCAGAAGCCCAACGCCACUUUCAAGUGCCAGAGCUGUUUAAAAGUUCUCAAGAACAAUAUCAGGUUCAUGAACCACAUGAAGCACCACUUGGAGCUGGAAAAGCAGAACAGCGAGAGCUGGGAAAGCCACACAACUUGCCAGCAUUGCUACCGACAGUACAUGACUCCAUUCCAGCUGCAGUGCCACAUCGAGAGCGCUCACAGCUCGAUCGAAUCCUCGACAAAUUGCAAGAUAUGUGAGCUGGCGUUUGAGUCGGAGCAAGUGCUCCUGGAACACAUGAAGGACAACCACAAGCCCGGGGAAAUGCCUUACGUCUGCCAGGUCUGCAAUUACAGGUCCUCUUUCUUCUCAGAAGUGGAGACACAUUUCCGAAGUGUCCAUGAAAACACAAAAGACCUGCUCUGUCCCUUCUGUCUCAAAGUUCUUAGAAGUAGUCAUAUAUACAUGCAACACUACAUGAAACAUCAGAAAAAAGGGAUCCAUCGCUGUGGAAAAUGCAGAUUGAAUUUUCUCACGUACAGGGAGAAAGUGGAGCACAAGUCUCACGUCCACAAAACUUUUAGAAAACCUAAAGCUCUGGAAGGCCUUCCUCCGGGAACAAAGGUGACCAUUCGAGCCUCCCUCACAGGAAAGACACACACAAUGCAGAGGUCCCCUGAUCGAUCUGGCUUUAUUGUUACUCCAGAGAGUUUCAACCAGCAAACCAAAUCUCCUGUCAGUGUAUCCAAGUCUAAGUCAAAUGUCUCUGGAGCAGCAAAAGCCAAGACGACCAAGAAGCGAGAUGGCCGGACUAACAAACACAAUCUGGCGCUCAGGAAUCUCAGAGUCAAUGGAGGGCAGUACACAUGCAUCGAGUGCAACACACAAGUUGACCACUUCUUCUCCCAUUUCCCAAUGGUGUCAAAUUGUGGUGCAUGCAAAUAUCGGACAAGUUGCAAAGUCUCCAUUGGGAAUCAUAUGAUAAGAUUUCAUAGUACCAUAACCAAAGACAGAUUUUGGAGAAUGGAUCAUAAGAAGUUGUCUUUUGCAUUAAAAUUAACCCUGGUCUGUCUCAACUGUGACCUCCUCGUGGACGCAUCAGGCGGUGACCUGAUGACCAAACAUUUAACUGAUAGACCAAAUCACAUAUGCAAAGUCAUUCAGGAGAAAGAUAUCAAAGCCCAAACUCAAGCCCAAGCACAAGCCCAAAAUCAAGUGCAUCUCGUAUUGAGGCAGCCAGCAAAAGUCUUGUACCUGUUGACAUCGCUGCCUGCUCAAAGACCAAAGGAAAUGGACUUGAAACUAGUUGAAAGUGUUAGUCUCGCCACUGUUGACCAACCAGGACCAGAGCCGAUGUUACCAGCAGGUGAUCAAGAAAAGGGUUCCACAGAAAUAAGUGUCUUUGAAGGUUCCUCUAAAGGACGCUUGGAGCAGUCGUCGCUGCCCGCUUUAUCGUCUUCCUGUACAUCUGGCGGAGUUUUAGAUCUCUGUGCCGAGUCAGUGGGUAACUCCGAGAGCUUGGACGUCAGAGAGCAGCUCCCGGAGCACGAGACGGGGGAACAACAAAUUAAAUCAGAAUGAAACCUCUACAUCAGCUAAAACAAUGCACAUGUACAGUUACAAGUUGAAUCCUGAAUUCAUUAGUUAUACCUGGGCAUUGUUUUCUUUUAUAUAAAACAUAUGAUAAUGAUGGCUGCUGGUAUUUGCUACUAAUCCCCUCAAGAAAAUAGAUGUAAAUGUGUCUUAGUAUUUAUUCAAAUUACAAUUAAAAAAAAAAAAAAAAAACAUUAAAGUCUUCUUAGUUGCUCAAUAAAGUUAAAAGAAUGUGUCAUACUUUAAAACAUCAGAAAUUAAACCUGAAUGAUUGUGGCUCAUUUUGUAUUUCUUAAAAGUUUCAAAAACUAAACGUAAGGAAACUUAAGGAAAGGCCAUCUGACAUCACCGGUGUCUUUGAGUUCAGAUGGCUUUUGAUUUGCUAAACUGAGAAAAAUGAAAACAUUUGUGAGUGACUUGACUAUAAAACUCACACAGUGGCACACAUCACGUUGUCUCAUGUCAUUUGUUGAUGCAAUUUAAAUUCUCCAUGUAUUCCCCAAAAGUGCAAAUACUAAAAUAAUGUAAUUGUGCCUUUUGUUUCAGCAGUUUGAGUCUUAUUUCCAACUUAUUUUACACUGGUAUCUUGAUUUGAGUUCAGAUGUUUGUUUGAGUUUUUGAGUCAUCAGUAUGAUUAUUACCUUCCCUUAAUCUGCAUUUGGCUGUCCUUGUAUAACAUUUCAAUUAUUCUUUGAGAUGUAACCUUCCAGCGGCUUCCAUUAUAUUGAGUUUGAGGUUGCUAUAACAAAAACAUAGAUUAUUCCUGAAAUGUUUACUGAAGAUUCCUGGUUUGUGCCUGAAAUAUUGGUUCAUAAUUAAUGUGGUACAGAUAUCGUUAACAGUUGGUUUCGAACAUCCCAGAGUAACGUGUCUCAACACUCAGAAAAUUGCUCUAAACUAAUAGGAAACAUAUCGGACAUGUUGCUAGCUUCAGAUUUUAUUCCCUAAGAAAAAGGAUGUUAGGUUUGUAAAACGUGUGGGUAUAACAGAGAUGAGCAAUGGUAAGGGGUAUUGGAUGGAAAAUACUAAUACAAAACUAUUUGAGGAUUGAGAAGAAAAAUAUAUGCGUACCAUUGUACUCAAGUAGAUUUCAUUGUUUCACGUUUAACUGUGUUGAAAGCUUGUAAAAGAAAUGUAAAAAAGUCCAUUUUGGUUGAGGUACUCUGCACGACACUUGAACUUGAUGAAAUCUGUCAACACAUUUUUACGUCCCAGCUGCUGGUUGAUGAAGUUUCCUUUUUAUUUUGCAUUCACAGUUUUAAAAAAAAUUAAGUCUCUAGCUCUGUGAAUAUUUUAUCCAAUAUAAUGUGUUUAAUUUGUGUGACUAUCUCAAAAGUCAUUUCAUAGGUUUUUAAAAAGGGUUUUCACUUAUACAGUAUCUGUAGAGCAAGUCUGUAAAUGCAUCUAUGUCUAUGAUGGCUCUGUAAAUGUAUCCCAGAGUCUGUUUUUACGGACAUACCUCUAAAGAUAUUGUGUUCUCCUUAGAACUAACAUUUUCUUUAGAGAUCUAAAAACUACUGGAUUUGGAUCAAUGUUUUCAUGUGUAUUAUGUAAAUAAAUCUUUAAUAUAA